GAGACGGGAGUGAAUGAAGUGGCACUAUUUCGGCAUUUUGUAGAGUUUCGUCUUCGGAGCAAGCUUGUGAAGUGCUGACUUUUUCACCAUGAAAGUAAUUCUUUUUACGGCGAUAGCCCUUUUGGGCGCCGUUUUGGCUGACGAAGUACCCACUGAAGAAAAUGUACUCGUACUUAGCAAAUCCAACUUCGAUAAUGUUGUUGCAUCAAACAACUUCAUUCUAGUUGAAUUUUAUGCGCCAUGGUGCGGUCACUGCAAGUCCCUCGCUCCGGAGUACGCUAAGGCCGCCACCAAGCUGGCCGAGGAGGAGUCUCCCAUCAAACUGGCCAAGGUUGAUGCCACGCAGGAGCAGGAGCUCGCCGAAAGCUACGGUGUCCGAGGAUACCCCACUCUGAAAUUCUUCAGGAACGGCAACCCUAUUGAUUACUCCGGUGGCCGUCAAGCUGAUGACAUCAUCACUUGGUUGAAGAAGAAGACUGGUCCCCCAGCCAUUGAGGUCACCUCCGCUGAACAGGCUAAGGAACUCAUUGGCGCCAACAAUGUCAUCAUCUUCGGUUUCUUUUCGGAUCAGAGCAGCUCUAAAGCUAAGGCAUUCUUGGGUGUUGCCAGCGCUGUUGACGACCAGGUCUUCGCUAUUGUGUCUGACGAGAAAGUCAUCGGAGAAUUGGAAGCUGAAGAUGAAGACAUUGUUCUGUUCAAAAACUUCGAAGAGCCCCGCGUCAAGUACGAAGGCGAGAAAUUCGACGAGGACCUGUUCAAGACCUGGGUGUUCGUCCACAGCAUGCCUACCAUCGUCGAGUUCUCCCACGAGACCGCCUCCAAGAUCUUCGGAGGACAGAUCAAAUACCACCUGCUCUUGUUCCUGUCCAAGAAAAAUGGCGACUUUGACAAAUACACUGAGGAACUCAAGCCCGUUGCCAAGAACUACCGUGACAGAGUUAUGUCUGUGGCCAUCGACGCUGAUGAAGAUGAACACCAGAGAAUCCUUGAAUUCUUCGGCAUGAGGAAGGACGAGAUCCCGUCAGCUCGUCUGAUCGCUCUAGAACAGGACAUGGCUAAAUACAAGCCGACCAACAACGAGCUUAGCGCCAACUCCAUCGAGGAAUUCGUCCAAUCCUUCUUCGCCGGUACCCUGAAGCAGCACCUGCUGAGCGAGGAGCUGCCCUCGGACUGGGCCGCCAAGCCCGUCAAGGUCCUCGUCGCCACCAACUUCGAUGAGGUCGUCUUCGACACCAACAAGAAGGUGCUCGUCGAGUUCUACGCCCCAUGGUGCGGCCACUGCAAACAGCUGGCUCCCAUCUACGACAAGCUGGCCGAACACUUCGAGAAGGACGAUGACGUCGUGAUCGCCAAGAUGGAUGCCACCGCCAACGAGCUGGAGCACACCAAGAUCACCUCCUUCCCCACCAUCAAGCUCUACACUAAGGACAACCAGGUGAAGGAUUACAACGGCGAGAGGACGCUGGCAGCUAUGACCAGCUUCGUUGAGAGCGAUGGUGAGGGCGCUGAACCUAAACCCAGUGUGAGCGAGGAUGAUGAAGAAGACGAGUUGCCAGCCAGAGACGAGUUAUAAGCGCUCGACGGCCAGUACACUCUCAUGAGACUUCCAUAGUAUAGUACUGUACUGUAUAGAUUAUAAUUAUUUACUUUUAUACUUAAACUAACACGUUUGCAUUUCAUUUGCUAGACUGUUGACUUGUUCUUUAAAUUGUGUUAAGGUUGUACUUGAACGAACUAAGUUAAUACGCACUGUCUGAUAUUUUGUAACGUAAUACUCCGUAUAUUCGUGAAUCAUGUAACGCCACACAUGUGGCCCGAUCUCGUGCAAGUACCCAGUAAAAGUUUAAUUUAUUUUCUAAAGGCAUAAUUUAUUUUGCAUAAACAGCAGCAUAACUUAGUUUAUGUAUAACUAAUGUAUUUAUAAUUUCUGUAUCAUAAUGGUAUAAUAUUUUGACAUUCCUUAGUACAAGUUAUAGUUACAUCGAACAAGUGUUUUGUUGAAGGAGCAUUGGCGUUAUUAUUUUUAUAUUUUACAUUACUUGUACAUUUUAUUCAUCACAACAAAAUAGAAUUACUUGUAACGGACAUAUUACCCGUUAAGUUGUAUUUUUUCUAGUGUUUUUUUUUAAUGAAAUUUGUGUCGUUGAAUAGUUCAAUCGUAUGUACUUGCAUUCUCGUAUGUAUUUAGCUACUUUCAUAAUGAUAAUUAGUGAGGAUUUUGAAAAUGUAAUUUUCUAAGUAUAUUUGGUAAUUCUGUCUAUAAAUGUAAAUAUUCGUAAUUGUAUUUGCCAAAUCUGCAUUUGUGUAUCUAUUGUGGAUACAGAAAUUGAUAAAUAAACAAA